GCCAAUAGAUUCAAUAUUCUAUGAACAAAUAAAUCAUUAUCCAUUCCGAAAUACUAUGUGCUAAAAAGUUUACUCAUAUGAGCAACUAUAAAUAAAUAAACUACUAAGAACUUCCAAGAUCAUAAUUUGAAUCACACAUAUACUGAAUAUUCCUUUGCAGAAGAACAUUCAAGCAGUUUUCAUGGCUGGAAUAACAGAAACGGGAAGAAGAAUCAUGGUAGCUAUUGAUGAAGGAGAUGAGAGCAUUUACGCUCUGUCAUGGAGUUUGAAGAAUUUGAUUUUUAAAAAUUCGAAAGAUCAUCUUAUUCUCAUCUACGUUAAGCCUCCUCGUGUCGUUUACUCAGCCUUCGACGGCACAGGAUAUCUUUUCUCAUCUGAUGUAACGGCAACGAUGGAGAAGUAUAGUCAACAAGUUGCUGAAUCUGUUUUGGAGAAAGCCAAGUUAGUCUGUAAAGAUGUCCAAAAUGUGGAGACGAGGAUAGAGAAUGGUGAUCCUCGGGACGUGAUUUGCCAGGCGGUUCAAAGACUUGGUGUUGAUAUCUUGGUGAUGGGAAGCCAUGGCUAUGGUGUCAUCAAGAGGGCUUUUCUGGGAAGUGUAAGCAACCACUGUGCACAGAAUGUGAAGUGCCCUGUUUUGAUUGUCAAGAAGCCUAAAUCCACUGAUGAAGGAGAUCAUUAAUUAGUAAUAUUUGAUUUAUAUCUUAUCUUUGCUUCUUUUUGUUUUUUUAUUUAAAUAAAUAUAAAUACUUUGCUUCAGUUUCAGUUGCUGUUGGAUGUUGCUAUUGCUAUGAGCAACGUGUCUUUUGGGUUGUGCGAAUUUUGUUUCUUUCUUUUAUGAGGAAAGUGAUGUGUUUUUUUUUUUUAUAAUUAUUAAAGUUGGAUUUUUA